UCUCUCUCUCUCAAACAGACAAAGCACUAUUCCUCACAUAUUCCCCAAAACCACUAUUUACAUUUCUACCCCGGGCCUGUCUUUUUCUCUCUCUUCCACUCCUUCAAAGUGGACUGUCCAUCCUUCUACCUCAACCCUCACACCUUGCAAAAACAAGGGAACUAGAGAGAAAAGGAGAGAGAGCUCCCCAGAAGAGAAGACACACACAACACACAACCAAUCUGCUUGGGGGAAGGAGAGAGAGAGUGCGCAAUGGAGCUCUUCCCUUCCCAGCCGGAUCUAUCCCUCCAGAUCGGUCUCCCCGCGAGUGCACACGGCCACGAUCACCAUCGCGCCAUGGGCGGGAGGUUCUUCGGCCCCCCGAGUAGCGGCAACAUAGGCGGGGACCCGGCCAUGGCGGCGUCGUUGCAGCUUCCGUUUCCCAUGUCACCUAUGCCUCUGCCACCCCACCACGCCGGCGCGCCGGGGCACGGCGGUCUGUACUACCAUCACCACCCCGUCCCCGACGGCGCCAUGCUGCGGCCCAUACGGGGCGUGCCGCUCUACCCGACGCCGUUCCCGCCCCCGCCUCCGCACGGCGGCCCCUCAGCCCCGGCCACCGCACCGUGUUACUGCGACCCGUGCCACGUCGCCGGCGCCUGGCGCCGCGGCGUCGGUGGGUGUGGCGCGCGCCUCGUCGGCUUCCCGGCGCCGAAGCGCGCCGCACGCGCGCCUCGCAUGCGGUGGACGUCCUCGCUCCACUCCCGCUUUGUCCACGCCGUGGAGCUUCUCGGCGGCCACGAGAGGGCGACGCCGAAGUCAGUUCUUGAACUCAUGGAUGUGAAGGAUCUCACCCUAGCUCAUGUGAAAUCUCACUUGCAGAUGUACAGGACUGUGAAGAAUACCGAAAGGCCGGCAGCUUCGUCAGAUCAGGCUGACGGCUUCGAGAACGGGUCGGCUGGCGAGAUUUGCGACGACAACUUGCUUGAUCUGCGAGGCGGCGGUAGGCCGGAGGCACUGGCAGCGGCCACACGGAAUGGAAGGUUAGCUGCAAAUGAUGAUGACAGGAGCAUCGGCGCCGGUGCCACUCAUGGUGGUGCCCUGUGGAAUAGCUCCUCAAGGGAGGAGGAUUGGUCAGGCUUUCCUUGUGAUUCCAACAACGAAAGCAUGCAAUCUUUCAAGGAUCAUAUGCAGUCAAAGAGCCUAGAGAUCCUAUCAGACAUCAACUCCUGCCUGUCAGAGACGACGUCCAGCGCAAGCGCGCCGAACCUUGACUUCACCCUAGGGCGGCCGCACCAACGCCGGAGCUGAAGAGCUGUCGGCGUCAACUGUAGCCUGAUCGAUCCAUCGCCUUCGGCAAGAAUUAGAAUUACUUUACUAGUUAAUUUAUCAUUAGGAUGGCCCCAAAACCAUCUUUGGCUGUUGAAGGUGGGUGUCGGGUGGCAGGGGAAAGGAGGAGCUAAAGAUAGGUAGGAGUACCUAGGUCGAUCUCCAAUGAAAAGCAAGCGUUUUCUAGUGGAAAUGUGUCUCAUGUUUAGGGCAAUCAAAAGGGCUCUUCUUCUUCUUUCUGUAGUGGUAAGAUUGAGCUGUACUAGUAGCCAGACAGUUAGGGAAGAAACGAAUUAAAGGGUGUGAAUCAUGCAUGCUUUCUACACAUACCACUGCAUCGUGCACAUGUCCAUGCCAUGCCAUGCAGGAGCUUUAUUUUUUGCUUGCCAGAUAGUACUGUGGCUUUUGUAGCUCUUCAUGGUAGUGAUGAAAAAAGAGGCAAGAUAUGUUGAUCGA